AUGGGUCGUGUUAAGCUGGAGAUCAAGAGAAUAGAAAACAACACCAAUCGACAGGUUACGUUUUCAAAACGAAGGAAUGGACUCAUUAAGAAAGCAUAUGAGCUUUCCGUCCUUUGUGACAUUGAUAUUGCCCUUAUCAUGUUCUCUCCCUCUGGCCGUCUUAGUCACUUUUCUGGCAAAAAGAGGAUCGAGGACGUGCUAGCUCGUUUCGUUAAUCUUCCUGACCAAGAAAGAGAGCUUGCUAGAGUUAUUCCUGAACAAGGCCAGCAUCAUCGUGAUAUUCAGAACAAAGAGUAUGUGUUUAGGACGCUACAACAGCUUAGGGACGAGAGUGAUAUCGCCCUUCAACUUUCCAACCCAACAGCAAUUAACUCGGAGGUUGAGGAACUCCAGCAUGAAAUUGCAAGGUUGCUGCCGCGACUUCAACUAGCAGAGGAACAGAUAAGGAUAUAUGAGCCAGACCCGAUAAAAUUCACGUCCAUGGGGGAGCUAGAAUCAUGCGACAAACGUCUUGUUGACACUCUAUCACGUGUCAUGCAAAGAAAGGAAUAUCUCCUGAGCAACCGUCUAUCUUCAUUUAAUCCAUCAAGAAUAAAGCAUGGGAUGCCAACCAGCUCUUUCAAUAACGAUACGGUAAACUGGUUGCCUGAUGUUGGUAGCGACCAUGCCGAAAUCUUUCACCAUGGAACUGACAACCACGCCCAAAUCUUCAAUGCUUCUACUCCCCUGAACGCUUUAAGGAGUCUUUCAUCCACAAUGUAUGAUUCAUUGUUGCAAGGAAGUCACUCAAAUGCAGAGGCACAAAACUUCAGGGAGUGGCCUGGUGAUGGAAACUUUCCACAGUGGCCACCAUAUAAUUCAACGGUGCUCCACUCCAACCCCAUGUCACCUUCCUUAUACUCUCAAAUUCAGCAUGAAAUGGUGGGACCAAAUAUUCCAGAUAUGAUGCCACGUGAGCAGGUGGAGAUCCCAAUCAGCAGCCCCCAUCUACAGGUGGAAAAUGAUGGCGCAAGCUAUGAGCACAACAGAGUACCUCGACUUGAUGAUCAAGAGCACCAGACAAUCUUUGAAUUGUAA